UUAAGUAUAAAAUAAUAUCCCAACCACUUUCUAAUCUCACUUUAAUUGAGUGGAGGAACCUUAUAUAUUAAGUUCUUCAUGAUGAUUUUUUUAAAUAUGAUGGUGAUAUUUUGCACAUUGCUAUUGGUAAUGGAUGCUAAUGCAUGGUGGGUUGCAAGGCGAAGAGACACUAGUAGACGAAGAGUUUCGUGUCAGGUUACAAAAAAAUUUAUUAUUUUAAAAACAAUAGUGCCGAAUAACAUUAAACAUUUUUAUUAUGUUAAAAUAUGUUGUGUAUUUUAUUGGGACAUAGUCUUAUGUGACCUAUAUUGGUGUUUUAGAUGCACAGCUGGUCAUCCUGGAGUUCCUGCAGUGUUUCUUGUGGAUAUGGUCUGCAGUCGAGGUAUCGAUCAAUUUGGGUUUACCCCACAAGUGGUAACACAUGCCCGUCAACAACAGAUAGAAAGUCGUGCUACAUAGGAAUAACUAACUGUGCGGUAUCAUCGUGGAGCACUUGGGCAGCUUGUACAAAAUCUUGUGGAGCAGGAACUCAGACUAGAACUCGUUCAAUCACAGUUUACCCCAAAAACUGUGGAGCAUCGUGUCCAAGUUUGGUUGAUCGGCGAGGUUGUGCAGGUUAUCAGUGCCCAAGAAACUGCUCGGUUUCAUCAUGGGGAGCAUGGAGUAAGUGCAGUAUAACUUGCGGAUCAGGAACAUUUAGUAGAAAGCGUACAAUUGUAACCACACCAGCUUAUGGUGGGGAUGCAUGUCCUGCUUUGAGUGAGCACAAAGCUUGUGUCAUUGCACCAAAAAACUGUGAGGUUUCAUCUUGGACAUCAUGGGGCAGUUGCAGCACAACAUGCGGUCCAGGAAGUCAAAGUCGAACACGAACCAUAGUGCAAAGUCCUGAAGCCUGUGGAAACCAUUGCCCUUCUCUGGUUGAUUCUAAAUUUUGUGCAAACAAGAAAUGUGAACCUGUCUGUGUGCUGUCUCCAUGGGGCUCAUGGUCCACUUGUAGUUGUGCUGGAAUAAAAACAAGAAGUCGAACUAUUGUUGAGAAACAAGAGGGAGCUGAGUGUUUGUCCCUGACAGAGGAAGCUGGUUGUAAAGAUAAGAAUUGCAAAGUUGAUUGUCAGAUGAGUGGUUGGGAAACUUGGUCAAAAUGUUCAACUUUCUGUGGAGCUGGAACACAAUCUCGAAUUCGAAGUGUAGAUACCCCUCCCUCUAGUGGUGGAAAAGCAUGUCCGGCUGCAAAAGAAACACGGGAUUGCAUGCCUCCUUGUUCUUGCAUAAAUUUGUUUUGUCAAGCAGAAUGUGAAGUUAAAACCAAACUACCAAAUGCAGAAGUUCUAGAAAAAGGAUUUGACAUUGCCACUUUGGAAAAAACUGUCCCAUUGUUGGACAACAACAUAAACAAUGGCUACUGUGACACAGUGCAUGAUGACAAAGAUAUCCCCUACCAAUUGCCAUACAAUCUCGAAACAUUUUUACCAAUGGAGCAAAAAUUUACUUCAUUUAAAGUAAAAUCUGAAAAGAGUUUAGCAGCCCUGUUGGAAGAUAUGCAAGAAAAUAUUCAGAACAAACACGAGUAUGCUGGAAUAUCAGAACAACUCUCCCAAAUUCAUGAAGCUGCCCCGUAUGCUGUUGCAGGAAAUAAUUCUUUAAUUAAAAAGUUGAUACUUGGAAGUCAUGAUCAUGAAUACAAAUACUUUUCCAUCAAAGCUGUUGCCAUUAUUGCUGAGUUCAAAUUAAAAGAAGGAGACUUGAUCUUGAAUCCAGUAUUCAAAAGAAGUCUGGACAAUCUGCCUGUUAAAUACAAUGAAAAAAUGUGCAUGGACAUCCUUAACCAGUAUGGAACACAUUAUUACACAAAGGGUAUCAUUGGUGGAAAGUAUGAAUACAUCUAUAAAUACAGUGAAGCUGCUCUGGAUGACUCAGGCUUAACUGAUGAGGAACAAAGAAAAUGUCUGGAAAAUGAAGCAAGAAUAAAGUUGUUUAAAGAAGAUACUUUAAUUCAAAAUACCAAAUGCUCCAAGUUAGGAAGCGGACAUGGAUUGUUUACCAAUGCGGCAACCAGUGCAGUUUCUUUUAUUUCUGGAGGCAAUCCAGAUAUUGCAGAAACUCUUAAUAUCAACAGUGGUGCAAAGAAAUUUGUAAAAUGGAUGAACAGCAUACCUUCCAAUCCUGCAAUACUUAAUUAUAAGAUCUCUCCAAUAUCUGAGCUUGUUGGGCCUCGUGUUAGCCAUGCAAAUGAAACAAGACAAAAUCUGGAGAUGGCACUUUUGCAUUACAUGCAAGAAUACAACCCAACAAGCUGUGCAGAACAAGUUUGCCACAAUGGAGCAAUGAAGAAGGUUGUGAAUACAGGAAAGUCAUGUCUAUGUGUCUGCUUGGAUGGCUGGUAUGGAAGCCAGUGUGACGGAAGUGAUGCAUAAGAUGCCAAAUAGAGAUUACAACCGCUUGCAUAUACUGCACUUAACUAAUUGUCUGUAAUUACAUGAUCAUGUGUAUGCUUUCUAUAUUAUUUUUUAAAAUUAAUGUUCAAUUUAUAGCUUCUGGCUAUAUUUGAACUAAAUUUGCCAAAACACUUGAACUAAAUUUGCCAAAACACUUGAACUAAAUUUGCCAAAGCAUUAAAUAGUCCAAAUUAUCAGCUAUACAUAAAAAAGCCUCCCAAAAAGAUCAUCCACAAAGUAAUAUACAUGGUAACUCGUAAGCUGACACAAGGUGUAUGAACACUCAUGUUGUAACGAGUGUCGUUUUCCGGUCACGGGAGGAUAAAAUCAGUUACAUUUAUACAUUUAAGUCUCAUUCGUACUACUCACCCUUGCAGCUUUAUUUUACUUGGUAUAACUUUCAUACAUAACUAAAAUGUAUAUAUAUAUAUAUAUAAAAGUCUGAUUAAAGCAUAAUAGGAUUUUAAAGCCAAAAUAAGAAUUGAUUUAUUAAAAGAAAAACGCAUUGCUAAUAUUAUACUUUAUCUCAUCAUUUGUAAGUAAAAAUAUUUUAGUACAGUGGGGGAAAAGAAUUCAUUAAAAUCACUGUAGGUAUUCUAACAGUGAAGAAGGAAGCAGUAAGUAAAUAAGUUGUUUAACUUUAUGAAAUGCUUUACGUAUUGUCCACUUUGAAGUUUUAUCACUUUCCCUUCAUCAUAGGAUGCUGCGUAUGAAAGGGCAGUUUCACCAUUAUGCACUUCAUUCACUAAAGCUUUAGCAUCUAGUAAAGUUUUUGCAAUACUUGAUUUAAUAUCCUCCGGUGUUUUAUUAAUACUUCCCAUUUGCAUUGCAAAGCUGGGUAAUCGCUUUUGGUUUUGGCAUUUGCCGCAUGUUUAAUUAACAGUUCAACAAAAUCCGCCUGACCUUUUUAAAAUUGUACUUGUCUAAUUGAUAAACACUUGUCAGCACAGAUUUAACUUCAUAUCGUUGCAAUAAAGUCGGCAAUUGUUGUGUACAUUCUGCUGCUUUAGAAAUCCUUGAGUAUGGUAUCAAAAGUUUGUUGUUGUUGUUGUAACUUCUUUUCAUUAUUAUUUAAUUAGAAUACCUCUAACACAGUAAAACAGACAUAGAACAAUUCUGGAAGAAACAUAUAUUCUUAACAUUAAGAAAAAAGUAAAAAAAACAAUCAAUGUUAAAUACAUUUCUUAACUAUAGUUUAAGUGUGGCUUCUACACCCAACAGAAAACAACUUGGAUAUUUUUUGUCUGCGCCACUGGUUAAAAGAAAUAUAAGAUACAUUGUAAUUGCAACUAUUGCAAGUAAUGCUAUGAUUGUUAAAUUAAAACUUGUGAGAACGAGGAAUAUUACAAAAAAAAUCACUUUUUAUAAAGAUAUUCGACAAGAGGUUGGGGAAGUGGCAGAGAAACAAUUUUAUUAAAAGGGGCUUUAACUUUAUGGAACGAUUUACGUAUUGCCCACCUUGAUAAAGCUUUCAAUGUAGGUACCACACACUGUAGUGUUGGACGUGGAUAGUUUUUGAUUAAAAUGUCAUAUUCUACAUCAAAUGUAACACCCAUAUUUGGAAUUGAUUUUAUAAAAUAAUAAAGCAUGGUUUUGUGUUGAUUAAAAAUGGUUAAUGUUCGCGGCGUUGGCAGUCUGGGGUUUUCAACGUCAAACCCAAUUGUUUUAUACACCUCACGUUCUGUGGGUAAUUUUUCAAACAGAGCUUCUGUAAUACCUUCC